GUACUGCGGAAUUUGAGUUCUGAUAUUUUGCUGAUGGGAGUGGUGUUUAUUCCAUAACACUGUUUCAAGCCAUAUAUUACACCCUAUGACUUAUGAAUGAACCUGGUGGUACAGUCAAUCUUCAUAUAAAUGAAGAGUUAAUUGGACUACAUGGAAGUCGUGACAAAUUCCUGCUGAAUACCAUUCUAAUAUUCGUUCUUCGAAAGGGGUAUACAUCAGUAGCAAAAGAAGUCAUUCAGCUGUACAGUCAUUUGUCCUCUAAACCACCUCCUUUUUGUGUGUGGUGUUGUGCAGCAGUGUUAUUUCCAAAGACUUCAGAUGGAAAUUUUGUUGAGAAUACUUCCAACAAUUUAAGUUUAACCAAUGAUUGGCAAAAUCAGUUAGAAAUUUUGAUUACAGUAGGAGAUGAUCUAUUUUCAGGAUUGGAUGAUUCGUCUCGAUAUAAACCACAUCUUCGCAAUUACUUGAACGAAGCCAGACGUGUUAUUAUGCAUUUAUACUUGGAAUCGUUUUCAUCAACAAAUGACUGUACAAUGUGUUUUACCAAGUUGAAUCAGUAUUUUCCUGCUUCAGAUCCAAAUGAUAAAGUACAAGAUUUCCGAUUACGGUUUUUAAAACUAUUAGCAUCUAAGCACAAAGUUAAUCGUUAUUUAAAUGAAAGAUGGUUUACUGCUAAAUCUGAUGUUUUUAAAGAAUUACAAUAUUUGGCAUUUGAUAUUGUUGAACAAUUGCCUGAAGUAUUACUGAAUAAAGUUGGAUCAAACGAAUGGGUGUAUAAUGAUGUGAUCUUAUUACGGUUCAAUACACUUUUGGCUUUAAUUAUACGUCAACAGUUGUUAGGUAAAUCUUCAUGCACCGAGAAAGAUAUAUUUGAAAUCAUGCACAUUUACAACUCUCAAUCAUGUCCAUCUCAAUUACUUUAGUCUAACGGAUUUUUGUUAUUCUGAUUACUAUUUUAUGAACAUCGAUAGAUUGUACUCUUAAUCAUCCUUGUAGAUCUUUAUUUAGUAUGACAAUAAAAAACUUUAUAACCAUUGUGAUUAAAUGAUUCCAAAGCUGGGAAA